AUGAAUGCCAAUGAUCGUCUGCGAAUUAGUGAGGAAAAUACCCGCAAUUGGGUAAAUUCCAUAGAACUUGAGGAUUCAGAUACAUGUUCGGUGGUAGAUUCUAUUGUCGAGUCGAGUAUUAUUGAGUCUUCCAGCGAUUCGGAAUCAGGUGAAGAACAUGCCUUGGGUACAUGGAUAUCAGACAAGAUAUCAGCAACAGAUGAAAAACCCUACCGAGAUAUAACCCAGCUGAGCACAACAUGUCCAGAUUUAGAAAAAUUAACUCAACUUGUUAGCAAAAUGCCACCACCAUCAUUUGGCAAUGUUAGCAUUUCAAAUUCAAAUAGUGUUGUAAUGGGAAAUAUUAUUAAAAUCAAUGGCAAUAUUAUAAUUAAUAAAGAUGGUAAUAGUAGUAGUGUAACAACAGCAGCAGAUGACAUGUCUGAAAAUAAUGACGAAAAUCCGCCCGACUUGAGACCAGAACGGAAAAUUGAAGUUAAAAAGAAACCAGUGUAUCGACCUGCCUGUCUUAUAAUAUCGCGGGAUCGUUGGCUUGCAAUGGCUCCAAUUGAACCCUACAAUCCCAUUGAUGUACCAACAGAUUUAGUUAUUAUUUGUCAUACGGCUACAGUUGAUUCAACAGAGCAAGCCAAAAAUAUUGGUAUUAUUCGUGAUAUACAGACUUUUCAUGUUGAAACACGAGGUUGGGAUGAUAUUGGUUAUAAUUUCCUAAUUGGCUGUGAUGGAAAUGUAUACGAGGGACGAGGUUGGGGUGUGGAGGGUGCUCACACAUUUCGUUACAACAGAUUUUCAAUAGCAGUAGCUUUUAUUGGAACAUUUAUGCACAAGCUGCCGACACAACGAGCGUUGAACGCCUGCAAAAACUUACUUAAAAGAGGUGUCGAUGAAGAUCAUUUAACAAAAAAUUUCAAACUAAUGGCCCAUAAUCAAUUUAUGAGCACGGCUAGUCCUGGCGCUGUACUGUGCGACGAACUUAAGACUUGGGAGCAUUUCUAUGAUGGUGAUUCGGAAGAGCUUUUCACUUAUUACAAUAAUCGAAAUGAAAGCAGCAUAACCGAGGGGACAACGAAUUUAAAAUGA